AAAAGUAAAUAAAAAAGGAUCUUAGUAGGUGUGUCUAGGUGAAAUUUUGCUAGGUGGGAGGUGAACUUACACAACUUAUUGUUGAGAGAGUGUGAAAGAGAGAGGACUUCCACACUGACCUUCACACAUCAGGACAGAGCACCGUUCAUACCAACAGGACUUAUGGCUCAGCGUGUGACCUCUGAGGUUCUUGUGCACAUGCUGUCUAUAGUGCUGCUGGGUUUGUUGACUCCAAUUAGCUGGAGCACUGAUGGUCUGGGCCCAGGCUGCCACCUCUACCCCAUUAAUUUGACUGUCAGAAGUGACAGGAGCGGGACAUGUCGAGGAGCCCGUGUGGUGUACGCCUGUGUGGGUUACUGUGACUCUAGUGCAUUUCCCUCCCGCUACUCUGUCCUGCUGGCAUCUAAUUUCACUCAUAACAUCACCUCUGUUUCACGUUGCUGCACCAUCGAGAAAGCCAUCAAGGUCCAAGUUCAUGUGGAAUGCCCUGAAGGCCAUCACCAUGACAACAUUGAGAUCCUAACCGCGAAGGCCUGUCGUUGUCAUAUGUGCCACAAGGCUCGUUACUAA